AUGUCAUUGGACUGCUGGUGGCAUGGCGGUAUCACGGAGGUAUGCAGGGUGCCGGUGAUAUCUGCGCCGUGCCCCCACCCUGCUACAAGCAGCCGGCGCAGUCAGGGCAUUGGGGGGUUGGUGAGGGAGGCUGGAUUCGGAUGUCUGGUGGGCUGCCUUGCACGCGUCUUCUGGGCAUACGGACCCCACGGGCCCCGCAGGCCCCGUGGGCCCUGCACUUCAACGUUUCCCCGCGCUCAGCGCAGUCUCCGGCGCGUGGCUCGCGCACCGGGCUCAGAGGCUGAGUACCUGCAACGGGCGUGGCUGUUCGACGCAGCGCUGGCAAAGGUGGAGGCGACAGAUGCGGAGGGCCCGCGGGCUGUGGCGGUCCGGGCGGCCGCUUUGGCAGGCCUGGAGCGGUUUGCAGAAGGCCGGGAAGCGAUUCAGGAGUUGAAGGAUGACAUUCUGUUGGCGGCCGAGGCAGGUAUUGAUGUAGCGGAGUUUCUCCAACACUGCGAUACCCUGGAGCGUCAGAGCCAGGGCGACUUUGCCUUCUCCGACGUCUUUGGGGCCAUGAUCGAAGCACGUGAAGCUGGCCGUGGCUGGACUUCCGCUCUCCUGCCUCAAGUGCCCGAGUUCACCUCGCCUUCCGUGGAAGUGCGCAGCCUCGCGGCGGGCGGGCGGGGCCUCUUCGCUGGCGCUUUGGCCGCUGGGGACGUGGUGCUGUGCGGCCUGCCCUUGGUCUGCGCCCCGGAUGCUGCUCUGGUCCCCGCGCUCAGGGAGGCCGCCGACGCCAGCGAUCGUGUGCGUGGGGUGCUGGAGCUGCUGUCUGAUGGUUCUGAGAAGCCCGUGGCGUCUCUGGAGCAGUUCUGCUGGAGAGCACCGCCGGAAAAUGCACCAAAACUCGAGGAUGAGCAGCUGGAAGAAAUCUCGAGGAUCAACGGAUUCGAGUUUUUUGGCUCGUCCGCUGUCUUUGGCGCAGCUUCAAUGUCGAACCACUCUUGCUGUCCCAAUGCUCACUCCAUGGCUGUAGGAGAUGCACUCUUUGUCCGCGCCAGUCGGACAAUUUCAGAGGAGGAAGUGCACAUCUCAUACUUCGACGUGCUGAAGCCGCUGAGAGCGAGAGAAGAGAGGACCCAAAGCUGGUCCUUUCAGUGCAGAUGCCGUCGCUGUGAGUUUGAGCGCAGCAUGCCUGCGCACUUGCACGAUACCGCGAGCGUGGAUGAGGUCGAGUCUGCCGUUGCAGGCUUGGAGCCCUUAGAAGCAGGCUGGCUGAGGGCAAGUCACAUUGUUUCGUACAAGGAAGAGCUCGAGGCAUUGUUUCCGCUGGGAGAGGAGGCCAUGCAGAAGCGAGCGCAGCUGCUGCGCGCCAUGGAAGUUACGGACCCCGGCUCUUUCACGCACGUGAAGUUUGCUUUUUUGGACUGGCUUGGCGCCAAGUCCGUCUUCGGGCCAGAGGAUCCCGCGACGCAGCAGGCCAUGCGGUACUGCGAUUUCGUGCACCAGGUGCGGUAUGGCAAGGUUCCGGGAAGUGCCUUGGUGUCUCUCCUGAAGCGCACGCAGCAGGCGGUGCAGUCGGUGGGCGUGGGAGAAGAGUUCUGCCAUCCAACUGCAGCUCCGGAAGUGUCGGCAGAGGAUGGGAAGACCAUGCUCCUGGAUUGA